GAGGAAGAAGGUGUUCUGUGGGAAGGCUGUCGAGAAACAACGCCAUUUUACGCGCCAAGCCUGUAGGUGGUUGCUGCGUCGUCGCUUGGCUCGUGCUGUUGGGUGCCUUGUGACCGAGUGGAACCUCACUUCUAACCUGGUGUUACCGCCCAUCAGCGGUGUUUCAGCAUGGCGCCGAAAACAAAGCUCUUUGUGGGCCACUUGCCAGACGGACUCCGCACAGAGGAACUGUCAGAGCUCUUCUCCAAGUAUGGCACAGUGACAGAGUGUGAUGUCAUCAAUAAGUAUGGUUUUGUGCACAUGUCCACAGAAGAAGAGGCGGAGGAGGCCCUCAAGAACCUGAACAACUACAACUUCAUGGGCUCUACACUGUCGGUUGAGCGUUCCACAAGCAAGUUCCACCAAGAGCCUGGCGCCCCGGGCAGAGCCAAGGGAGGACCGAGCAGGCCACCCUACGGCGGAGGCAUGGCGAGGAACGGCUACGAUGGAAGAGGCUCUGGAGGCUACUACAACGGCGGACCAGGUGGAUAUGGGGACUACCGCCGGGGCGGUGACUUCUAUGAUCGGGCCCCAUACCGGGCCAUGGUAGACAGGCCACGCCCCUACCCAGCCCCGUACGAGCGCCGGGACGACCCCUAUGCACGGCGCCCACCGGGACCCCCUUCCAUGGGACCUGACAUGUACGAGCGGAGACCGGCUCCAGACUAUGCCCUCUACAGCCGCCGGUCGCCUCCCCCUGCCUCAGGGUACAGCUGGGGUGCUGGCUACGGAUCAUCGGACCGCAUGGGUGGCUACUCCUACGGUGGCUACUAAGGUGCACCCAUACACUGGUCUCCCCCUGAACAGCGACGACCCGUGGGACGGUUACGCUAGCGCUCGGUCGGAGGUAGCGUGCGGCGGCUAGCGCCAACCUCGCCGCGUGUCACCGACCGCCCGACCCGUUGCGAAGCCCGACCGCUGGACCGCCUGCGUGUACCGGGGCGACUGAGCCCUUCGCCUCCUCACGUCACACCAUACUUAACCCUGGCCACUGACCGGUCGCCAGCGUCUCUCUCUCUCUCACUGUUCCAUUAUUUUUGUUUUCUUGUGUACACCAUUACCACCACCUCAUGUCUCGUCCGAAUGCAGUCGCUGCCCGAGGGGAGCGGGCCAGUUUUACUAGAGCGUCGUUUGUCGUCUCUUCUCAAUAAAUGUCCAUGGUCGCCAACAAGCA